UCGAACGUGAAGGUCAACUCAGUUAUUUAUUUACUUACAAUGAAUAGCAUUUUGAAGCUCCUUGUGCUGGCAGCCAUCCUCUUCCUUAGCACGGCAUCUGGCUCCAUUCAGGCUCCCUAUAAGAAGUGUGCCGAAGGUAGAGGGUACUGUGUAUCAGUUCGCCAUCGCUGCAGGGCCAUAGCACCGCCCACUCAAUGCCCCCCAAAUGAAAAGUGCUGCAAGAGGUAGCUAAAGACCCUGAUUCAAGCUGAGCUGGGUUUUGGUGAAAUAAAAAGCGCAAACCUUCCUCUGUGAAUCCAAA